AUCUCGAAACCCAACUUCCAGCGGCCUGAUCGGGCGCUCCUGGGCGAUGCUGUUCGCUUCAGUCGGCUACCAGGUCACCAUCUUCGACAUCGUGCCCAAGCAGGUCUCGGAUGCCCUCGAAGACAUCAAGGUGCAGCUCGUGACGCUAGAGAAGGACGGCCUGCUGCGGGGAGAGAUCAGCGCUGCUGAGCAGUUCAAGUGCAUUAAAGGCACAACAGUCCUAGCAGAGGCCGUGAAAGGCGCCAUCUUCGUGCAAGAAUGCGUCCCGGAGAGCCUGGAGCUGAAGCGGAAGGUGUUCGCGGACCUGGACCAGGUGGUUGAUGACCGCACCAUCCUGUCCACCUCCACCAGCACCACGCUGCCCUCGCUCAUCUCGGAGGGGCUUAAGCAUAAGUCGCAGGUGAUCGUGUCCCACCCAGUGAACCCUCCCUACUACGUGCCGCUGGUGGAGAUAGUCCCCGCGCCGUGGACCAAGCCGGAGGUGGCGAGGAAGACCCGCGAGAUCAUGCUGGAGAUCGGCCAGGAGCCCGUGUCGCUCACGCGCGAGAUCGACGGCUUCGUGCUCAACCGCAUACAAUACGCCAUCCUGAACGAGGUGUGGCGCAUGGUGGACGGCGGCGUGGUGGAUGUCCAGGACAUCGACAAGGUCAUCUCUGAAGGGCUCGGCAUGAGAUACGCUUUCCUGGGGUCUCUUGAGACCGCGCAUCUUAACGCUGAGGGCAUGAAGAGCUAUAUUGAAAGGUACGGCGAGACAAUCUACAAAGUGAGCACCACCAUGGGUGAGAUCCCUCGCAUGACUCAAAGCAAGAGUGCGGCCUCCAUCUGUGAACAACUGAACAAGAUGGUGCCCAUCGACCGGCUGCCGGAGCGCCGCGCCUGGCGGGACGCCUGCCUCACCCGGCUCGCCAUGUUGAAGAAGGAAAUGAACAAGACCUACAAGAAGUGAAAUGUUGACUAUGGAUUGUUAUUUUGUUAAAUGUUUAUCAUAAAAAAUCUAAAGCA